UCAUUUCAGGCGCAGUAUGGUAUGGUAUGUGUCACUAAGCAAAAUGAAGGCGGCGCAAAAAUACUGUUGUCACUUGUAACUGGCACUGAUCUGCUCCCCCUAUAUAAAAGGCGUUUUUCGCCCAAAACAGAAAGGAUAACAUCACCACCACCUUCCCACAUUCUUCUUUUUCAAAAAGGCGGUUCCGCGCCAGAGAUAGACUUCUUCUCUUCUCCUCCCGAUCGGAACCCUAGCUUUUGGGAGAGAGCGAGAGGAAACGGAAAAAAAUGCCGAGAGAAAUCAUCACGCUUCAGGUGGGACAAUGCGGGAACCAGAUCGGGAUGGAGUUCUGGAAGCAGCUUUGCCUCGAGCAUGGUAUCAGCAAAGAAGGCAUUCUCGAAGACUUCGCUACUCAGGGAGGUGACAGGAAAGAUGUGUUUUUCUAUCAAGCUGAUGACCAGCAUUACAUACCUCGAGCUUUACUGAUAGAUUUGGAGCCUAGAGUAAUUAAUGGCAUUCAAAAUAGUGAAUAUAGAAACCUUUAUAAUCAUGAAAAUAUAUUCGUUUCUGAUCAUGGUGGUGGUGCCGGAAACAAUUGGGCUAGUGGAUAUCAUCAGGGAAAGGGUGUUGAAGAGGACAUAAUGGACAUGAUUGAUAGAGAAGCUGAUGGAAGUGAUAGUCUUGAGGGUUUUGUUCUAUGUCAUUCAAUUGCUGGAGGGACAGGCUCAGGUAUGGGUUCCUAUCUGUUGGAGACUCUGAAUGAUCGCUACAGCAAGAAGCUGGUUCAGACAUAUAGUGUAUUCCCUAACCAGAUGGAAACAAGUGAUGUGGUGGUCCAGCCUUACAACUCGCUUUUGACACUCAAGAGACUAACAUUAAAUGCCGAUUGUGUUGUUGUUCUUGACAAUACUGCUCUGAAUAGAAUUGCUGUGGAACGUCUACAUCUAAGUAAUCCCACUUUUGGUCAAACCAAUUCUUUGGUCUCUACAGUAAUGUCUGCCAGCACAACCACACUGCGGUAUCCUGGAUACAUGAACAAUGACUUGGUUGGUCUUCUUGCCUCUCUAAUUCCAACUCCAAGAUGUCAUUUUCUUAUGACAGGGUACACGCCACUCACUGUGGAGCGCCAGGCUAAUGUGAUUCGGAAAACUACUGUUUUGGAUGUUAUGAGAAGACUUCUCCAGACAAAGAAUAUUAUGGUUUCCUCUUAUGCUCGCACAAAAGAAGCCAGUCAAGCAAAGUAUAUUUCUAUCUUGAAUAUCAUUCAAGGAGAAGUGGAUCCCACUCAGGUGCAUGAAAGUUUGCAGAGGAUUCGUGAAAGAAAGCUUGUAAACUUUAUUGAGUGGGGCCCUGCAAGUAUUCAGGUUGCUCUUUCUAGAAAGUCUCCAUAUGUCCAGACUGCUCACAGGGUAAGUGGUCUCAUGCUAGCAAGUCAUACUAGUAUUCGCCACCUCUUCAGCAAAUGUUUGAGCCAGUAUGAGAAGUUGAGAAAGAAGCAAGCCUUUCUGGACAAUUACCGGAAGUUCCCAAUGUUUGCUGACAAUGAUCUUUCAGAGUUUGAUGAAUCAAGAGACAUAAUUGAAAGCUUAGUUGAUGAAUACAAGGCUUGCGAGUCCCCCGAUUACAUCAAAUGGGGAAUGGAGGAUCCUGACCAGAUUCUAACUGGAGAAGGAAAUUCAGCUGGAACAAUUGAUUCAAAGUUGGCAAUUUGAACAUGCCAAGAUGUAACAUUGAUGCUUGGAGCAUGAGAGAGGGAGAGAGAGAAAGAAGAUUGUAAGUAAUCCAUGAAGAUAUAUAUUUUGGGUUGUUUGUGUUUUGUGGAACACUAAUAAUUAUCUUGUAAUUGUAUAACCUUUUUGAGGGUUUUGAUGUGUCUUAACUUUUGGAGUCUUUCAUACAUGGGAGAAUACAGAAUCUCACUGUAU